CACAAUCAAAUCCAAAAGCAACUUAAUGAUUACAUUAUAGAUUAUAGAAAUUUGAUAAAAUUAAUAUUACACAGCAGUCAAAGACGCUGGGUAGACAAUACCCUCUUGCACUCGGAACCAAAAGGAAACAGUGCGGUACGUCACAACGCUCAAGAUCAGUUAUUUCCAUUCGUUAUCCAUCAUUUGUUAGUGCUGAAUGCAAUAAUGGUUCGAACCAAAACGAAAUGAAAAGAAGAACACAACACAAAAUCCUGAAACAUGGCAUUUUCACUCUCAGCAAUUUUAUUGUCAAGUAUAAUCCGAUAAAAUGCACUAGGGCUAUUGGAGCUGUGGCUUUUGAAAAGCAAUGGACAGAAGAAAAUGAAGGCAUUAUAGACUCCGGUGUAACCUGUGAGGAUGUGAUUACAUUUUCUAAGGCUGGAAGACUGACACAGGCAUUAGAAGCUUUGUCUGGAGUAGGGAAUUUAGCAGGUUUUACUGUAUAUGGUAGUGUACUGCAUGGUUGUGUCAUCGCCAGGAAUUUGCAGGCGGGUAAGAGACUUCAUGGUCAUUUGAUAAAAACUGGACAAGCCAUAGAUAUUUUUAUUGGAAACAAUCUUGUCAACAUGUAUGCAAAAUUGGGAAGUUUAACAGAUGCACGCCAAGUGUUUGACGAAAUGCCUCAUCGAGCUGAAAUUUCAUGGAACUCGUUGAUUUCAGGGUAUACCCAACAUGGUUUGGGUGAGGAGGCCGUGAAAUUGUUUUGCCAAAUGCAGAGAGCGGGCGUUAGAGGAAAUGAGUUUACUUUUGGCAGCUUGCUUCGUGCAUCUGCGAGUUUGGUGGCCUUGGAAGAAGGCAGACAGUUGCAUGGAAAUAUUAUCAAAACAGGGUACCAGUUUGAUGUAUAUGCUGGAAGUGCUUUGCUUGAUAUGUAUUCUAAAUGUGGGAGGACAGAUGAUGCUCACACAAGUUUUGUCAUGAUACCAGAACCUAACUUGGUUUCUUGGAAUGCUUUGAUAGCAGGAUAUGCUCAGAAUGGUUAUGGAGAAGAAGCUUUUCAACUUUUCAGGGAAAUGCAAUGGGAAGGGAUGAAGCCUGACCAAUCAACCUUUGCUAGUGUUGUUACAGCUUUUGGUAGCUUGGAGGCUGCAGAUGCACAGGUUAAGCAAGUCCAUGCAAAGAUUAUCGGAAAUGGGUUAGAAUCAGAUGUGGUUAUAGCAAAUGCUCUGACUACUGUUUAUGCCAAAUGCAAUAGAAUAAAGGAUGCAGAGCUAAUAUUUAGAAGGAUGGGUAAGCAAGAUUUAGUAUCAUGGAAUGCAAUGAUUGCCGGCUAUGCAUAUAAUGAAGAUGGAGAGCAAGCCCUGAAAAUAUUCAGGCAAAUGCAUCAAAUGGGUAUGAAAAUGGACAAAUUCACUUUGACUAGCAUGCUUAGUGUUUGCGGCAUUCCAGAUACCCGGAAGCACGGGAAUGAUAUUCAUGCCUAUUCAAUAAAAAUAGGACUUGAAGCAGAGACAUCUGUAGGAAAUGCUCUAAUUACUAUGUAUCUCGGUUCUGGACGUGUAGAACAUGCACACAAAAUAUUUGGAAAAAUGGAAAAACGAGACAUAGUUACAUGGAAUGCGUUGAUUGCAGGAUAUUCCCAGAAUGGGUAUGGUGAGGAGACUCUGAAACUCUAUUGCCAAAUGCGACAUUUCGGUAUCAGGCGAGACAAUUUCUCCUUAUCUAGCGUUCUGAGAGCAUGUGGAAUCUUAGCAGCCCUAGAACAAGGCAAGCAGAUCCAUGCCCAAAUAGCCCAAACUGGUUUUGAAAUUGAGGGUUUUGUUGGUAGUGCCAUUGUUUACAUGUAUGCAAAGUGUGGGAUCAUAGAGGAUGCACACAAAAUUUUUAGUGAAAGCACUAGAAGAUGUACAGUUUUGUGGAAUGCAAUGAUUGCUGGAUAUGCUCAGCAUGGGCAAGGAAAAGAAGCCCUCCAACUUUUUGAGCAAAUGCUAGAGCAAGGCAUGAAACCAAAUCACAUAACCUUUGUUAGUGUCCUUUCUGCAUGCAGUCAUGUAGGCCUCAUAGAUGAAGGUCUACGCUACUUUCAUUCAAUGGAUAGCAAUCAUGGCAUCACACCAAGAAUGGAACAUUAUGCAUGUACAGUUGAUAUCCUUGGACGUGCUGGGCGCCUUGAUGAGGCAAAGGAGUUUAUUUAUAAAAUGCCAUUUAAACCUGAUGGUACAGUGUGGCGGACAUUACUUUCUGCCUGUGCAAACUUUGGCAAAAUUGAGCUCGGCAUUCAUGCAGCAGAAUGCCUUAUUGAACUAGAACCAGAGGAAGAUGCAGCAUAUGUUCUUCUGUCAAAUAUUUAUGCCAGUGCUGGCAGGUGGAAUGAUAGAUCAAAUCUAAGAAAAAUGAUGAGAGAUAAGGGGUUAAAGAAGGAGCCUGGAUGUAGUUGGAUUGAGCUUAAGAACAUUGUGCAUGUGUUCAAUGCCGAUGACAUGUCCCACCCACAGAGAGAGGAGAUUUAUAAUAAAUUGACGGAAUUGAUGUGCCAGAUUAAGGCUGCAGGGUACGUACCUAAUCCUAAUUUUGUGUUGCAUGAGGUAGACGAGGAAAAGAAGUUACACAAUCUUUGCUACCAUAGUGAAAAACUGGCCAUUGCUUUUGGGAUUGUAAGCACACCUAAGGGGGCACCGCUUCGAGUCAUCAAAAACCUUCGCAUUUGUGGUGAUUGCCACAGUGCUAUCAAAUUUAUUUCUAAGAUUGAAGGGCGAGAAAUCCUUGUAAGAGAUGCGAACCGGUUUCAUCGGUUUAGAUCUGGAAUUUGUUCUUGUGGGGAUUAUUGGUGAUGCUUUACAGCAAAUACUUACAAAGUGAAGUGAGGAUUAUUGUCCUGGUUACGGACAGUGCAACAAUGAGCGUGUUUCUUGGGUGCUCCUCUGCUAGGAAUCUGCAUUCGAUAUUGUUCCAUUCUAAAAUGGAUUUGCUGAGUUGGGGAAAAACCACUGAACUGCAAAUUGGAAUAGCUGGAUAAAGUUUGCAUCAUUUGGAGUGUGGAUUAGUUCUAUACCAAUGUUCAUAUUUUAUGUCUUGAAGAUGCACAGUUUAAAUCGCGGUUUCAUAAAGAAAACUGUGGUUGAAAAUUGAAAUAACCUUACAAUUGUAUCCAAUUUAAUAUAGACCAUUUCCUGUUUACAAUACCUUACAGCAUUUCCUGAAACGCUCUGACCUUUCUGUUCAGAGACUCUGUAUAGAAAAAUCCUUCAGUGGAGUUUAUAUUUCAGUUGGCUGUUGUGCAUUAUCAACCAAUUUAUUUUUACUAA